AUGUCCCUGUCCCCAUCCACCACACUCGUCGAUAACCCAACCCACACUCGCAGCGUCGUCGCAACGCCCCACAAGAUGCCAGGCUUCUGGAUCUUCAUGUACCAAUGCUCGCCAUUCACGUACCUCGUGAGCGGCAUGCUCUCCACCGCCAUCUCCAGCACAACCGCCACCUGCGACGCCAUCGAAACCUUCCAAGGUUGGGUUACAGGUCGACCCGCCCGCCAACCAAACCUGCCCUGCGCCGAGUACCUGGGCCCCUUUGCGCAGGCCGCCGACGGCGCAAUCCAGAACCCCGAUGCAACGAGCGCCUGUGUGUACUGCGCGAUGGCGAAGACGGAUGAUUUCCUCGCAGGCGUGAACAGUUACUGGGGCGCCGCGUGGCGGAAUUUCGGGCUCAUGUGGGUGUAUAUUGCGUUCAAUAUUGUCGCUGCCAUUGGGAUCUAUUGGCUGGCUAGGUUUCCGAAGGGGGGCAAGAGGAAGGCUUAG